CUCCACCCUAAACACCGCCCUAAGGGCGGCGGCGCCGGCGACCGCGGUAACUGCAGCUGCUCAGGGGCAGGGCUUGCCCUGGCGCCGAGUAGUGGCAACGGCGUGUUGCGUCGAGGGUGCCUGGGAGCCGGGAGUCUGAAAUCAGCCGCUUUCCAGGCAUACACAUUCUCACACAGGAAGAGGUGAUACCGAAUCAGCUGGGGGCAGCGGGACCACCCAGUGGGGCUUCCCCAAGUUGAGGAGAGGUCGGGUUACAGGUCACAGGUGAUAGGGCCGGAGAAAGAUGGAGCAGCCCGGGGCGGCGGCAACGGGAGCGGGAGGCGGCAGCGAGGAACCCGGUGGGGGCCGGAGCAACAAGCGGAGCGCGGGGAACCGGGCCGCCAACGAAGAGGAAACGAAAAACAAACCUAAAUUGAACAUUCAAAUAAAAACUUUGGCAGAUGAUGUGCGUGACCGGAUUACAAGUUUUAGAAAAUCUACUGUCAAAAAAGAAAAACCUCUUAUUCAACAUCCUAUUGAUUCUCAAGUUACUAUGAGUGAGUUUCCAGCAGCUCAGCCAUUGUAUGAUGAACGAUCUUUGAAUUUGUCAGAAAAGGAAGUACUGGAUCUCUUUGAAAAAAUGAUGGAAGACAUGAACCUUAAUGAAGACCGUAAAGCUCCUUUACGAAACAAAGAUUUUACCACCAAGCGUGAGAUGGUUGUCCAGUACAUAUCUGCUACUGCCAAAUCUGGCGGGCUGAAAAACAGCAAACAUGAAUGUACCUUGUCUUCACAAGAAUAUGUUCAUGAAUUACGAUCUGGUAUUUCAGAUGAGAAACUUCUUAACUGCCUUGAAUCUCUGAGGGUUUCUUUAACCAGCAAUCCUGUCAGCUGGGUUAACAACUUUGGCCAUGAAGGUCUUGGACUCUUAUUGGAUGUUCUGGAAAAGCUUCUGGACAAGAAACAGCAAGAAAAUAUAGACAAGAAGAAUCAGUAUAAACUUAUUCAGUGCCUCAAAGCAUUUAUGAAUAAUAAGUUUGGACUGCAAAGAAUUCUAGGAGAUGAAAGGAGUCUUUUGCUUUUGGCAAGAGCAAUUGAUCCCAAACAACCCAACAUGAUGACUGAAAUAGUAAAAAUACUUUCUGCUAUUUGCAUUGUUGGAGAGGAGAACAUUCUAGAUAAACUUCUAGGGGCUAUAACUACAGCAGCAGAAAGAAAUAAUAGGGAACGAUUUUCACCAAUUGUGGAAGGAUUAGAAAAUCAUGAAGCUUUGCAAUUACAGGUGGCCUGCAUGCAGUUUAUAAAUGCCCUUGUCACUUCACCUUACGAGCUUGAUUUUAGAAUACAUUUAAGGAAUGAAUUCCUACGUUCAGGACUAAAAACAAUGUUACCUGAUCUAAAGGAAAAAGAGAAUGAUGAGCUUGAUAUUCAGUUGAAAGUAUUUGAUGAGAACAAAGAAGAUGACCUAAAUGAAUUAUCACACCGUCUCAAUGAUAUUCGAGCAGAAAUGGAUGAUAUGAAUGAAGUGUAUCAUCUUCUAUAUAACAUGUUGAAGGACACUGCUGCUGAAAAUUACUUAUUAUCCAUUCUACAACAUUUUUUGCUCAUCAGAAAUGAUUAUUAUAUCAGGCCACAGUAUUACAAAAUAAUUGAGGAGUGCGUUUCACAAAUAGUGCUGCACUGCAGUGGUAUGGACCCAGAUUUCAAGUAUAGGCAAAGAUUAGAUGUUGAUUUCACACAUCUGAUAGAUUCUUGUGUGAACAAGGCAAAAGUUGAAGAAAGUGAACAAAAAGCAGUGGAAUUUUCAAAGAAGUUUGAUGAAGAAUUUACAGCUCGACAGGAAGCUCAAGCUGAGCUUCAAAGAAGAGAAGAAAAAAUUAAAGAGCUUGAAACAGAAAUCCAGCAACUUCGAACCCAGGGAUAUGGACUCUCAGGUUCAUCAGGAAUUCCAGGCCCUCCUCCAGCACCUCUCUUGCCUGGUGGUGGGUCAUCCCCACCACCACCACCACCACCACCUCCACCAGCACCACCUCUACCUGGAGGAGCUCUCCCUCCUCCUCCACCUCCUUUACCUGGAAUGAUUGGCAUACCACCACCACCACCUUUGUUUGGGGGACCUCCUCCACCAUUUCCCCUUGGAGGAGGAAUUCCUCCUUUCCCAGAAGUACCUCUUGAUCUGCCUUAUGGGAUGAAGCAGAAAAAAUUAUAUAAACCUGAGGUGCCUAUGAAGAGAAUCAAUUGGUCAAAGAUUGAACCGAAAGAACUAUCUGAGAACUGUUUCUGGUUAAAAGUUAAGGAGGACAAAUUUGAAAAUCCAGAUCUCUUUGCAAAAUUGGCACUGAAUUUUGCUACCCAGAUGAAAGUUCAAAAGAAUAUAGAAGCUUCAGAAGAAAAGAAGGUCCUUCCUGCAAAGAAGAAAGUGAAAGAAUUGAGAAUUUUGGAUCCCAAAACAGCCCAGAAUCUGUCUAUUUUCCUAGGAUCAUAUCGUAUGCCAUAUGAAGAUAUAAAAAAUAUUAUUCUGGAGGUUAAUGAAGACAUGCUGAAUGAAGCCUUAAUUCAGAACCUUGUAAAACAUCUUCCAGAGCAGAAAGUACUCAGUGAAUUAGCACAGCUGAGGAAUGAAUAUCAUGACCUCUGUGAGCCCGAGCAAUUUGGAGUUGUGAUGAGCUCAGUGAAAAUGUUGCAACCUCGUCUCGAAAACAUUCUUUUCAAGCUCACGUUUGAAGAGCAUGUAAACAACAUCAAACCAAGCAUCAUAGCAGUAACUCUUGCCUGUGAAGAGCUGAAGAAAAGUGAAAGCUUUAACAGACUUUUAGAGUUAGUUCUUUUGGUUGGAAAUUACAUGAACUCAGGCUCAAGAAAUGCCCAGUCUUUGGGUUUUAAAAUCAACUUCCUUUGUAAGAUCAGAGAUACUAAGUCAGCAGAUCAAAAAACAACCCUCUUGCAUUUUAUUGCUGAAAUUUGUGAGGAAAAAUACCGGGAUAUCCUGAAGUUUCCUGACGAACUGGAACAUGUAGAAAGUGCAAGCAAAGUUUCAGCUCAAAUUCUCAAGAGCAACCUUACAGCAAUGGAACAACAAAUUAUUAAUCUGGAACGUGACAUCAAGAAAUUCCCCGAAACAGAAGAUCAACAUGAUAAGUUUGUGGAGAAGAUGACAAGCUUUACAAAGAGUGCCAGAGACCAGUAUGAAAAACUGUUCACCAUGCACAAUAACAUGCUAAAGCUCUAUGAGAAUCUUGGAGAAUACUUUAUUUUUGACUCUAAGACAGUGAGCAUCGAAGAGUUCUUUGGUGAUCUAAGCAACUUCCGAACUUUGUUUCUGGAAGCAGUGAAAGAAAACAACAAGAGAAAAGAAAUGGAAGAGAAGACAAGGAGGGCAAAGCUUGCAAAAGAGAAAGCUGAACAAGAAAAGUUAGAACGCCAGAAGAAAAAGAAACAACUCAUUGAUAUAAACAAAGAGGGUGAUGAGACUGGUGUGAUGGAUAAUCUUCUAGAAGCCCUACAAUCAGGCGCAGCGUUCCGAGACCGCAGAAAGCGAAUUCCAAGGAAUCCAGAUAACAGACGAGUACCUUUGGAAAGGUCACGCUCUCGCCACAAUGGAGCUGUCUCAUCUAAGUGAAUCCUGAUGCCAAAGAAUAUGAAAAUAUUUAAGUAAACAAAAUUCAUACAUUUUGAGAAAAACAAAAUAUCCACUCAAGGGAUAGAGAAUAAAUUAAUGCAUUAAUUCAAUGAUCAAGCUAAACUGGGUGAAAUAGCAUGUAUUUGUAUUUGUAAAGCUAUUGCAAGAUGCCUCUCACAAUUAUACUAAUACAAACACAGUUACAAGGAUUAUAAAACAUGUUCCAUUUUAGUGUAAAGAUGUGUAUUAUUUGUUACUGUGUGUGACCUGAUGAUAAUGAUGAAAUGUAUAUGAAAUUCAAAAACAUUCAGUCUGUCAAAUAAUUACAAUGUUAAUCAAAUUUGCAGGUCACCCCCCCAAAAAAAAAGUAAUAGAAAGAAUUAUUCAAUAUCUGCUUCUGAUUCCUGUGACAUAGAAAAAGAAAAGGCCAAUGAAAAUGUGUGUAUUAAUGAUUUGGAGAGGUACUCUGUAAGACAAGCCAUUUUGGAAGCUAAAAAAAAGUACUGCUUCAACCCUAUGAAUUUAUUUAGAAUCUUACUCAAGUGAAAGCUGAUGAAUUCGUCUGCUUUGGCUGAAAUUAAACUUAUC